CUAAUCAAUGGCACUGGUCGAUGCUAAGUGUGAGCGCCCUCUGUAGUGAAUAAUGCCUAUUCGGGGAUUCCCCUUUUGAUUGACUUUAGCUUUGCCCCCCAAAACAUGAUUAUUAAAUAUACAGUAAUGGCGUCAACGGAAUAGCGUUUCAUUGUGUGCAACAGAAGGGGUUGUACUCUCAACAGAGCGGAAUUCAAACAUUUCUUCUAUCUAAACAAGGGUUUCGUUUUCUGUUUAAAAUCUCAACGAAUCUCAAGAAUAAUCAUGGUAGACAAGGAUGCUCUCUUCGACGAACUCUCAAAGAAUUUUCAGCUGGAAAGUAUUCAACGUUUUGCAAUAAAAUGGGUGUGGGCUACAAUGAAGCUAAGAGCAUGCUGACGAGAUGUAAGGAGGAUUACAACGUGGCUCUGAGAGACCUUCUAUCUCAAUGGGAUCAAAGAAUAAAGGGUGUCACCAGGGAACAACUAGAAGAUGCCCUGGACGGAGCAGAGGUCGGUGGACUCUGUUACAUUGUGAGGAAACAUUACGAAAAGGGUUCCCCGAGUACGUAUGCUGCUUCAGAAGAGGAUACUGGUGACAUUGUUCAAAGAGGCGAACAGGUCAGGAACCAAGCUGAACAAGCUCCCACAGUGAGAAAAAGAGUUUCCAAUGUUACGUCUGCUGCCGCAGUGGGAGACGAUAAAUAUGAUACCAUUGCCUAUAAUAGAGGAGGAGGAGACAACUCGAAGAGGGAGACACAGCAAGUGCCUGCAGUGAGACAAAGAG